CCCCUAUGUAGGGCAGAUACACCGUCAGUGCUAUACGACAAACUUCAACAGCAAUGAUUCGUGUUUGGAUGUUGACGUGGCCUGUCACGCCUCGGGAGCAGUCACUGCAGGAUGAGGAGAAACGGUCUAUAGCGCUGGAACUGAAGGCAAAGAGAUCCAAAUCAUUUCACGCACUGAAAGCAUAUUUUUCAAAUUUAGGUUCUACUUUCAAACAUCCGAAAAAUUCUGAACAUGACGAAGCAGAUGAAAUGAUUGAAACCGAAGCGGAUGAAGAGAUCGAAGAAGAACCCGCGGAAGUCAAGCGAGAAGUUCCUGUCACAAAUGUUGAUGUCAAUAAAAUAAUAGAAGAGUUCCAGACAGAGAAGGCAGUGACUGUGGAGAAGGUCGACAUUAUAGAGAGUGUCGAAGUGGUAGAGGUAGAGCCAGUGCCUGAGGUGGAACCCACCAUAGAUAUACAACUGGAAGAAGUAGAGACGCCAAAGGAAGAGCCAGUCCAGGAGGCAGAAGAGGAAGAACCGGCCCAGAUAGAAGAAGAGAAUGUAGAGACUAUAGAUGUGUUUGCCAUGAUUAAAGGGUUUGAGCACAUCAAGAAAGAUCCUAAUGCAAAGAAAGUGCCGAAAGAGUUCCGGAAGAGGACAACAGUGACUCUGACGAAACAAUGACAACACGUGAACUACAACUCAUUAUGUCGACAAGUUACAUACCUAUCUACCAACCUACAAAUGGGCGCUCGCUGACUUGUUGAUACAUUUCUUCCUAUCCCAGAUGGGUAGAUUAUAAUUUAUGUAACUGACUGGACUGUCUGCUCCAUCCAUGUACAGGCCGCCGUCACAUUGUUGGGAUGCUGUUCAGUGCCUCGUCACACAAACAUCACAGAGAUAUAUAGUGUUAGUACUGGAAUGAAAGAACAUCCAAUAUGGGUGAAUCUGUUUCCCCGAUGAGAUGAAAUAUACACACGUACUCUCUCCUUCUGUAUCGUGUGCAAGAAAUGCGAAUAUUUCAUGUCCAGGUGCGUGUAAGGUAUGGAUAAAAA